AUGUCAACUGAAGUUGUCGAUGGUCCGUUUUCCUCGGAGCGCCCUUACCGCUCUCACCUCCGCCCGGCAUGUCUGGCCUGCCGGAAGCGCAAGUCUCGGUGUAACGUCGACAAGACCGCACCAACAUGUCUUACAUGUCGAGCUCACGGAACGCCUUGCGAGUUCCCUCCGUCUCCCGCCGGAUCCUCUCCGCGGCCGAAGAAUGCUUGGAGGGCUUCCCAGGCCCGUAAAUCGAGGGACCUGGGCCACCGCGCCUUGACGCCGCCGGCACCGACCUUUCCCUCGGAGACCACCCUUGUUUCCCAGGUGAGCUCGCUGGGUGUGCCCAAUGGACCUCCGGUAGUCCAUCCAGCAUCAACAUCUCCGGAGGGUGGCUUGACCCUCGGCUCUGCGGACGACAGACAUUAUGCUGAGCCCAUUGCUGGAGGCGGCGAGGACGAGGCGCACAUUGUAGGACCGGCAGACAUCGAGGACACCCAGGUGUUGGCGACGUAUCUCUCAAACGAUUCGUCCGUUCUGAAUCGAGGUAUACGUACAAGAAUAUCCGGCACCAGCCCACGACAAGAAAAUGGAGGCAGCGGUCGGAAACCAGUCGUAUUCACCACUGUUCCAAAGCAACCUCUGGGCGUCCCGAAUGAUCGUACUCCCGCGUUCUUGAAAUGCCAAAUGAUUGAGAAGCUCCUUGAGCCUCUCCUCCCUGAUGUCAUCGAGCUAUUCUUUGAGAAGCCAAACCGAUGCUUUCCCUUGCUGGACAGGCGAUCUUUCGAGAAGCGCUUCGCCGAAGACAGAGGCCACAUCUCGCCGGCCUUGCUAUCAUGUCUCUACGCCCAUACCAUGACCUACUGGGCGCAAUCUCCGUCGCUUGUGGCAAACUAUCGCCCCGACACCAGGUUUAUCUGGAAUCAAGCCAAUGACGCCCUGUACUCCGAGAUUCACCUGUCGCCGGGCAUAUCGACCCUCCUUGGCAUCAUGCUCAACGUCUCAGGGCGACCUCUUACAUCUAUCAUUGGUAACGGCAUUCAGCUGGGAUCUGCCAUCUCCCUGGCCCAUUCCCUUGGCCUGAACCGCGAUCCUUCAGACUGGGACAUCCCCGAGGCCGAGAAGCUCCUGCGCACAAAGAUAUGGUGGGCCAUCUUCGUAUACGACAAGUGGUCGAGUCUCGCGUAUGGCACCCCACCACAGCUACGGAGCGGUCAGCAUGACGUCUCCCUACCCUCGGUCGACCAGCUCUGUGGCUCUGCUGCAAGUACUAUCGACCUCAACGCUGCUUCAGUGUACCUGGCCUUCGUGGCUCUAGCGCAGUUUCUUGACAAGUACCUGGAGCGAAUCUACGAUCUCGAGAAGACGUCCACCAGUGGCCCAUGGGAUCUGGAGGUUCUGCUGACAAAAUGGGAGGACACGCUAGACGUCCAGCUGCGACGGAGGAUCAUCCGCGGCGGCGACAGCCUCGACAUGCCGGGCUCGGCAAACCUGCGUCUUGCGUACCUCUACAUCAAACUGCUCCUCCGAAAGUGGGAGCUCGACGCAGAGAAGGCUGCGAACGCCGACCACACGUCGUCGAUACCCAUGCGAUGUUACCUCGAAGUCCGCCGCGCCGCAGAAGAGAUCGUGCUCCUGGUACAGGAACUGAAGGAGCCUCAGCUUGGGGACUACUGGCUGCCGCUGUUGACGUUCGCGUUCACCUCGACCACCAAGUUUCUGCUCCGAUGCGCGUUGGAGACGGAGAACACCGUCAGCGGACUUGCGCAGAGCAUGUCGCUCAAGUUGGCCGGCGAUCUGAUUGCUGCCCUGCAGGUGCACCGCCAGAGAGCUUGGGACAUGGGCGAUCUUUGCAUCGCACAAUACUCGGAAGUCGUCAAGAAACUUGCGUCGUCAACGGCAACAGCCAAUUUCGCAGAGCAGCCAGUCGACAUGCCGGAGCUCCAGGAGUACGUUUCGACAAGCGUUCCCGAUAUCGAUGAGCUUUUCCCGAGCCUUUGGGACAUGUUUAGCACCGCUUGA